GCCUGACGAAGAGCUGCAAAUCGGUAGGCUCCCCGCUCCACUGCUCGCGCAUCGCAUCGGCGUGGGCUUCGGGUGUUCUCUGACACUGUUCGUACUCGAAACUGCGAGCGUGCAACAGCUGUCAGCGCGUUUCUAGCACCGGAGAGCCAAGCCAGACAAGCAACCAAAAUCAUGCGCGUCGCCGCGCUGCGCCGGUCUCUGGCGGCCGCGCCGAAGCCGCGCGAGGCCUGCGCGCCCUGCGCCACGCAAUCGCAGCGGGCCAAGUCGACGGCCGUCAAGCGCAUGCCCGCGGCGAGCACCGGUAGGGCUCCAUUAGUAGAGAAUGUGAGAGGCAGCAUCUAUGGCGAGCCCCAGCCCGUUCCGACGGAAUUCAGGAAUGUCGACGGCGAACGACUGGAGGACGGCCGCUACGCCGCGUUCCGGGAAGAAGCCACGCUGAGCGGCGCCGUGAAACCCGAGAACGUCUUCACGGACCCCGUGCGCACCUUCGCCUACGGCACGGACGCGUCCUUCUACCGGUUGAUCCCGAAGAUGGUCCUCAAGGUCGAAACGGAACGCGAGAUCCAGUCUCUGCUCAAACUCGCGAGAAAACACCGCACGCCGGUCACGUUCCGCGCCGCGGGCACGUCGCUGUCCGGCCAGGCCGUCACGGACUCUAUCCUACUCAAGUUGUCGCAUACGGGCAAGAACUGGCGGAGGCACGCCAUCGGCGACGAAGGGAAAACGAUCACCGUCGAACCCGGCCUCAUCGGCGGCGAGGUCAAUCGUUUAUUAGGAUCCUACGCGAAGCGCCACGAGAAGGACACGACGUAUCGGUUGGGCCCCGACCCCGCUUCUAUCGAUUCGUGCAUGAUCGGUGCGUCGCGGCGUCCUUGACUUCUGGCGUCGCGUCGACGGCGCCGUCGGGCUCGCAUAGAGGCGCCACGCGACGCCGUCGCCGCAUCACACGUUGCGUAUGGUGUCGCCUCGAGACGCGACUCGCCGCGAUCAACGUCUCACACACAACGCACGCAGGCGGCAUCGUCAACAACAACUCGUCGGGCAUGUGCUGCGGCGUGGCCCAGAACACGUACCAUACGCUGAAGGAUCUGAGGGUUGUGUUUGGGGAUGCCGACGCUACUGUGUUGGACACGUCCGAUCCUGAGUCUAGAAGAGUCUUCCAGCACGAGUCGCCUUUCGGGAAAUCAUUGUGUGAAGGCGUCUCGGCGCUAGCUAGAGAAGUGCAAGCCGAUGAGGAACUCACGGCCUUGAUCAAUCGCAAGUUCUCGAUCAAGUGCACGACGGGCUAUGCGAUUAACGCUCUGGUAGAUAUCUCCCCGGACGAGCCCGUGGAGAUGAUCAAGAAGCUCAUGGUCGGAAGCGAGGGUACCUUUGGUUUCGUGUCGCGGGCUACGUACAAUACCGUCGAAGACUACCCCUACAAGGCGUCGACGUUCAUCCUGUACCCGUCGUUCCACGAGGCUGGGCGCGCUACGGCGGCUCUGAAGAAGUCCGGGGCGUGUGACGCUAUCGAAGUGUUCGAUAGAGCUGCAUUACAUGAAGCGGAGAAGGACGAAAAGAUGGUUAACUUGGUACCGGGCCUUACUGGGUGUGAUAAGCCCUGUGCUGGGUUACUUGUUGAAUGCAGAGGGGCUUCCCAGCAAAUCUUGGACGAGCGCAUCGCCAAGGCUAUUGCUACCUUGAACGAGAGCGGUGUCCCGGUGACCGGUGCCGACGGCCCUUGUCCUGAGCCUUCUUCAUUAGCUAGAUUCCCCUUCCGACACAAACCGGAAGAAGCGCAAGUGUUCUGGGACAUGCGCAAGGGCUUGAUUCCGAAAGUAGGCGCCCAACGUACCAGAGGCACGUCGAUGCUCAUCGAGGACGUCGCGUGCGAGGUCGACAAGCUCGCGGACAUGUCCGUCGACCUCAUAGACAUGUUCGAGCGCCACGGGUAUGGGGAUGCCUCGGUCUUUGGGCACGCCAUGGAGGGCAACAUGCACCUCGUCUUCUCGCAGGGGUUCCGGAACGCGUCGGAUAUCGAUCAAUUCGCGAAGAUGAUGCAGGAGAUGUGCGAGAUCGUGGCUGUGAAGUACAAGGGUUCUCUCAAAGGAGAGCACGGCACGGGAAGAAAUGUCAGUGCCUUCGUCGAGAUGGAGUGGGGCGCCAAGGCCUACGCGCUCAUGUGGCGCCUCAAGGCCUUAUUUGAUCCGGAUUUCUUACUCAAUCCGGGAGUCUUGUUAAAUGAAGACCCCCACGUCCACAAGAAGAACCUGAAGCCGUCUCCCCUAGCUCAUGAUCUCGUUGAUGCCUGCAUCGAGUGCGGCUUCUGCGAGUCGAACUGCCCGUCUCGCGACGCUGCUUUGACGCCUAGGCAGCGCAUUACUACUUGGCGGGAGAUCAACCGGUUAGCUAGACUAGAUCUCGAGCUCAAGCUCGACGAGCCCGGUAAAGAGAGGUUAGCGGCGAUGCGCGCGGAAUACGAGUACGCCGGCCUCGACAUGUGCGCGGCCGACGGCAUGUGCCAGGAGAAGUGCCCCGUGUCCAUCAACACCGGGGAGUUGGUGAAGACCAUCCGGGAGGAGAAGCUACGUACGGCUUCUCCUUUGGCCAAUAAGGUCUCGCUAGCUGUCGUGGACCACUUCCAGUACUUCGACAAGGUCGUGCCGCCCGUUUUGAAUUUGGUGUCCACUGCUCACUCUAUCUUGGGCACUUCUACGGUCGAAACGAUUGCUGGUACCUUACAUAAGGUCGGUAUGAACCUGAUACCGCUCUGGAACCCCUACUUGCCCGCGGGUGCGAAGCCAUUGCCUCCUCUCAACCCAGCACCGGAACAACCUCAAGUAGAAAAGGGCCACUUCGCCGGGAAAGUGGUGUAUAUGCCUUCUUGCGUGACCCGUGUUAUGGGCGCCGCGCCCAGCGACCCGGAACAAGCAAGUGUCCCGGAACGAUUCCUCAGCUUGAUGGACAAGGCCGGCGUCGAAGUUAUUUAUCCGGAACAAGCCACGGAGCAGUGCUGCGGCAUCAUGUUCCACUCGCGCGGGUGUGUCGACGCGUCCGACGCGGCGAUGGUCAAACUCGAGGAAAAGCUCCUGAAAGCCUCAGAGAACGGCAAGUAUCCUAUUGUGUGCGACACGUCGCCGUGCCUCAAGCACGUGAAAGAUCAUGUCAGAGAUCCGCUGCUGAAAUUUGCCCUUUACGAGCCCGUCGAAUUUGUCGCCACGUUCCUAGGUAAUAGGCUGGACUUCGAGAAGAAGAAGGAGUCCGUGGCCAUCCACGUGCCCUGCUCGUCCAAGAAGAUGAAGCUCGAGGCGCAGUUCCAGGCUCUUGUGGGCAAGUGCGCGGACGAGGUCCACCCUUCUGGGGUUCCUUGUUGUGGGAUGGCCGGGGAUCGUGGUUUACGUUUACCGGAAUUAACGGGUGCGGCUCUACAACAUUUGGAUCUGCCCGACACGGUUACUGAUGCUUAUUCUACGUCGCGGACGUGCGAGUGCUCCUUGUCGAAUCAGUCGGACGUGCACUUCCGGUCGGUCUUGCAUUUGUUGGACGAGUGCGCCGUGCCGAAGGCGAAGGCGUCGGAGUGAGGGGUCUAACCUUAUAUGACUAGUA